UUUCAAACUUGCGUUCGAAAACCGAUCAAAUAAUUUAUCGCGAUGCAAUGGCUGUGCAACGGAGCGUGAAACGCCGAAUUUCAGAGACACUUUGUACGACAGUGUUGCGUCGCGAUCGUUGACAUUCGGUCGAACUGAAAAUCGGUUUUCGAACGCAAGUUUGGAAAAUGCCGUUUCCCGGCGGGUGCGUGUGACGUGUUUUUGUAAACUGUUAGUGACACAGGUGUUUCUACAUAGUGCAAGGAACGAUGGUGAAUUUCACUUGAAAAAAAAAACCAGUGCAUGUUUGUUGUUUUUUCUGAAUUACACUCGAACAUUACAAAGUGAGCGAGGAUGCGAGGCGUGUGGUGGAGCGCGUUGGCGCUGCUGCUACUGGCAGUGGCCACGGACGCCAUCAGAGCUGCACAGGAAGAAGGCGCUUCACGUAUCAACAGACGACAUCCAAGUUCCAGUAGAAGUCCUACUAGUACAAACAAACCAGAAGAUGUACAAUCCACACCUAGGCCGAGAGCCUCAAGAAGAGGUGACCGACAUGAAGAAAUUUUACCGCGUGAUGUUUCCCGAACUAGACAAAGAAGUAAGUCGCCUGAAACCACUUCCUCAGUUGCACCAGACUUAUCUAUCAAUCAGUCUGAAAAAAGCGAGCGCUUCGAUUCAAGAAGAACAAACGUUCGAUCACGCAAUAAGCCGGUAAUAAAAGAACAAAAUUUUGAUGCUACAGUUAACAGGGAAACUUCAGUAAAAAGUAGAUCACGCCAGCUUACUAGGCAUUCUACUACAACAACCACGCCGACUCCUAUUCCUGAUACUUCGAAUGUUAAUCUUAGAUCUCAAAUGAAAGUGGCGGAUUCAACCACUGUUGAAUUAUCCAAAACUGUACAAAAAGAAACAACUGCACCUGGUAGCACUAGUAAAGAGUUUAGAAGAAGAAGUUCAAUAGCACAAGAAAUCGAAUUGGUUACUCCAACACCUGCACGAGCACGAGGUCGUAUUAACACACGAACUAACAUAAGAACACUCGAUUUGGAUGUUUCAGGCACCGCAAAUGCACUAACAACUGCUCCUAAAGAGCCAACUACAGCAAGGAGUAACGAUCUAAGAAAUUCUAGGAAAUUAAGAUACAGGACACGACCAUCAGAAACUGACACAAACUUAACAGGGGAAGGAAUUAUACUAAAUGAAGUAAAAUCUAGUCAAACUAGGGAAAACGUUACUAGUCAGCCCGAAUUAAAGUCGGUUGCUUCAUCAAGCACAACAACAGAAAAGAAUAUCAAGCUAAGUACUGAGAAGUUAACUACAAAAACAACUACUGGGAGGCCAACUAAAGUUGUCAAACGUCCGUUAUCCCGGGGAAAAGCAAAAGGAAUUGUAAAGGAGGCAAAAUCAAAAGUUUCGGAUGAAAUAGGUGAGGAUGAUAACUAUCCUCCAAACUUUAAAGCAUUGAUUCAAGCUAAGAAUGCAUCGACACAAGCGAGCUCUCCACCCAGCGAGAGUUUGUCAGUGAAAGCAUCACAAAAAGUAUUUAAAACCCAUCCUACUUCUUCACAAUUAAUUAUCACUGCUCCUGACACAGAAAAGCAUUCUCGGCUACGCAAUAAAAAAAAACUAGAAGACGAUAACGAGAUUAAAAGUGAUGAGACUACUCAAGUUGAAACGACACCACUGCCUGAUCAGCCUAAAGUAAAAUCUGCAGAAUAUAGACUACGAGGAUCUUACACACCAAGAAAUAAAAAGUCUAGCACUUUUGCAUCCUCUACCAGUUCUUCUAGAAGUUUUAAUCCAGUACCACAGAGUAGUUACAAAUUUACCAGAAAGUUUAAGCCUUCGUCUACUGAAGUUCCAAAGACCGAAGUUUCAUCUAAAAGUAAUCGUUCUGAAAAUAACUCGGCUAAGAAAUCCGUUGCGCGGUCUUCAUUUUUUCCUAGGAGAAAUAUAACGAGAAAUUUUAACGUUAGCACAGAAGCUCCUAAGCCCAGUGACCCCAUUAAAAACAUUAAUGACAAAUCGGCUAAUAUUUUUAAGGCUAAGCAAACAUUGCCCAGAACUUCUUAUUAUUCUAGAUUAAGAAGUACCAGUUCGACGUUGUCAACAAUAUCGAAUAUACAAGAAGUAACAGAAGCUAUAACAGUAGCAGAGAAAUCAGAAAAUACUGCAGAUACACCUUUAAUUUUUACAAACUCGAAUAACCCAACAAAAUCUUCUAAAGAUGAAGAUAGAGUUACCAAUGAAAGUCAAAAAUUUAUAAUUACUGUUAAUAGCAAAGAAUCAUCAGAAAAUAGCACUGAUAAUGAAAUUGUUAGUAAGAUGGAGGAAAGUCAAAGUAAACCAAUUAUAAAUGUGAUUAGUACUACCCAAAAGUAUCACGCAACGUAUAAAGAGAAAAACAAUGACGUGGGUUUGGAGGAACAAGGAAAAAGCACAAUUACAAUUCCCCCUAUAAGAAAUAUACAAACGAGAAAAUAUAGCCGUAAACCGUAUAAAAAUGUGCACACGACCCCAAGAUCCAAAGAACGCAAUUUAAAAAAAUAUAGCGAUACCUUCUCAAAAACGACUGAGGCUUCAUCGAAUGGCAUAUACGCAGAACCUGAAAAAAAUAAAAACAAAUUUAGCUCUAAAUAUCGUGCCUCAUAUCUUGAUAAACCGUUUUACAAACCUACCGUACCCUCAAUCACAUCAUCUACUGCAUGGCUGAAAUUCUUCGUGACAGACCAUCUUUUGACAAAGUCUGUCGAGGAGCCAAACUGGUUUGAAGAAGAUUUUUUGGAUGUUACGACUGAACAGAUGCCGAGACCAAAUGAUACAUCUCCGAUUUGCGUGCAUGAACCCGCCUUAGUACCGGUAGAGGGCGAAGAAUCACAAUUAGGGCCAGACAUGAACGUAAUUUCUUUCACUAAGACUGCAAGGCCACCUAUGUCAGCUGACCUUAGACUUUCUGAGAACAUGGAAAAACCAUUACAAGUCAUGAAUGUUGAGGCAUCGAAUCAUUCACCUUCAGUUACUGUAUCGAUUUUCGAUGCUCUAGCUGAAAUACUUACAUCCACACCUAAACCUCGUAUUUCCUCUACGACUACAACACCGAAAAAUCAAAACAUUAAUAAUGAUGUUAAAGUGACUCUCAACGGCGUGAGUAACAAUAUUAAUGUAAAUAAUGUCGAAGGCUUAAAAAGUCAAGACACUUCAACAGUUGUUAUAAACACCAUUGCUAAUUCUGUACAAAGUGAACAGACUACACCAAAUGUGUUUAACCGUGUGCCGGUUGCGGAUACUACUACACCAUCACAAAUUGAAGAUAAAAAAAUUGCUUUUGUGAAUACACCAACGACACUUCCCUUUCCUAUUCCUUUUUCCACUACACCUUUCACUUCAAGGAGACCAUUCGCUAUUAAAGUGCUGUAUGCAGAUACUGAACCAACUACCGACAGAACGACUGCCAUUGUUACUUCAACUCAGCCAUCAAUUGACCGCCCAACAACGGUAUAUAACAAAGUGUCUGAUCUUCUUUUAUCUAAUGAUAAGUUAGUUUCUUCUGGACUAACAAGCAUGCUAUCGGACAAUAUCAAAAAUAUUAUUCAGAAUAUGGACGAUGAUAGUAAAGCUAGACUUUCUGUGGAUAUGGUAAAGUUACUUGAUAAAAUUAUUCCAAAAUUAUCAAGCAGAAGUAGGAGCUUACAAGAUGAUAUAGACUCUAUUCCUAACACGACACCUUACAGUUUGGAGGAUAUUAAAGAUACUGAAAAUGUUCAAUUUGAUGUAAACGAUAGUUUAAACUUUGUUAACCAAAAUAACCUCCAAAAUGUAGGAAGUGAAAAUAUUGUAAAUAGCACAUUUGAACAAUCAGUAGCUGUUACAAGCGUAACAACUAUUGCUGUAAAUGGCUUUUCUUCACUCGAAAAUUCGGAUAUCAGAUUUCCUACUUCUGAAAAUCAGCCGAUUCCGACUGAACCAACACUAAAUGAUGAUAGAAUGCGUAGUUCAACUUUAUCUAGAACUUUUUUAACCUCCAGUACAUCAGGCUUAGAAGCUUUUAUUGCUGAUAGCAGUCCGAGUUUGAGUGUGAAUGAUGUUACUAACAAACCUGAUCCCGUACCGUUCCUAACAAAUUUUGAAUUAAAUGACUUUGAUUCCCAGAGGACCCUAGAUAAUUUUACACUAAAUACAAACAAUGCUUCCUCUAAGUCUUUGCAAUUAGAAGAAUUAGAAAAUAUUGAUAAUAUACAAGACCCAAGUCAAUUAUCGCGGCUUCAGUUAUGGAUAUUAUCGAAAAAAUCUCGUGUUUUAAAAAUGAUCGAAGACUUAAUACGGAACCAUAAUGAUGAAAUUGCAAAUGCCUCAUUGACAGAACUAAUAAGUGACUCGAAUCAAAAUAAAAUAUCUCUGUCUAAUCGUUUGACUGAAAUUGCAAAUACUAUGAGACCAGAUACUACAACAAUCAUUUCUGACAGUAAUACUGUUACAACUACAACGAUGACUACGACUUCUUCCUUAAACUCAUCCCCAAUUUCCUUUCAAAAUACUGUAUCUACAACUGCACCAACAUCUGAGGCAAAUCUUGUAAUAACAACGACGUCAGUUCCAACUACAACUGCUUCAUCUAGUUUUAUACAAAAUGAAACAACAGCUUCACAAAACGCUGCUGAAACAGCUGAUGCUAUUUCUACUACCACUCCUAUGGCUAUUGCUGAAUCAACUACAGUUCAAAGUAGCCUUAAGAAUUUAAAUAUAGUAGAAACAACAACAGAUGCUGAAACAAUGCAAACAACUGCACUGAGUAUUCCAGAAACAACUACAUCUGAAGCCACAACAGAGCCAAGUGUAACAGACAGUUUAGAAACAACAACCACAACAGGUAUAGAAACUACUACAAACGCACUUCCAAAUAUGACAAACUCAACCGAUGUUAAUAAAGUAAGCAAUCAACUCAACGUCGCAACUUCAUCAUCUAUUCCGAAAAAAGAUUAUGUCAUUUUUGGAAUACUACCUAAUAAUACAGUGGUACGUAAAGAUCCUAACGACGAUGCACUGGAAACAUUAACAGAAGCGAGUCCAUAUAUCAUUUACGGCGUACUACCAAAUAACACAGUAAUACGCAAAUUCCCUAAUGGAACUAGAGUACCACGAAUCAUGCAAAAAAUUGACAUACUACCAAUCAGUCCAUGGAGUUUAAGAAAUCCAUACAGCCCCAUCCAUAACAUUCCGGCCAUUGUCAGACCGCGGUCUAACCUUAUCCGAGUUUCCACUAAUACUGUGACUUCCACAGACACCUCAAAUAACGGAACGGAAAAUAAAUUAACCACCGACACUGUAAAUAACCUACAAAAUACGAUUUCUUCAUCGGCACUUAAUAUAAAAGAUAGCAGUUCAUUGGGUUUAACUACUCCCACAAAUACGCCGCCUGCUGAAAUAAGCACUGCCUCGCAUGUUUUAAGUUUACGCACAACUACAAUGCUACCUUCUGUCGAUGAGAUUCUGCUUAAUAGCAUAUCUUCGGCCACUAAAGAGGAGAUGGUCAUAUCCUCAAUGACAAGUUCUACUCGCGAACCAAGAAUAUUAACACUGGAUAUCGAUCCGGAGACAAAACAAAUUCGUACUGAGAAGCCAGAUGGCGAAAAUGGAAAUGCAGUGUUUAAAUUUAUACCUAUAGAUGAAGUUACUGUACCUACUCAAGAAUCAAAUGUAUUGAAAUUAGCUUCUACAAAAAUGCCUAAAGUAACUACAUCUGAUAUGCAAACGAGUACAACAACAUUUGCUACUGAAUCAAAUACACCAACAUUGCAAAAGCAAAAUUAUGUAAAUAGUAAUGAUUUUACGGCAAUGACACAAAAUUCACAAGCAGUUCAGACCACUACAAUAAAUGCUGAAACUUCUAUUGCUGCUGCAAAUACGGUAACACCAACUACUAUCACUACAACGUUAGCGCCGGAUACAACAGAAAUAAUAGUAGCUUCAAUAUCAACAACUGAAAGUUCCCUAACAACAUCAUUUUCAUGGCUACCAAUAACAACCGUUGUACCAACACUGACUACACCUGUAUUAACCACUGUGAUGCCGACAACAGAUGGAUCACUAAGUACCACGGUACAGACUACAGCAAGUGUUUCACAAUCUGCGAAUCAAAGAGACGCAGAACUAUUACAAUCUAUACUAGAACAGCUUGAUCGCAGACCAAAAAAAAUAAACAGCUUUGGUGAGACAAAUCAAGCUCAAGAUAAUCAACUAAGAGAUAAUACAAAACUAUUACAAGCCAUUUUGUCAGGUACAGGAAAUACUAAAAGCAAGCAAAUACAGAGUACAACACGAUCUAUCGAAGAUGAUAUUAGGCAAUUCGAAGAGGACACGAGAUUAUUAAAAGCUCUUUUGAUAGCUACGGGUCGUAAUCCUGCUGACCUCAAUUUGCCAACUUUGAACAAUAUAAGGACCAGUACAACACCUAUUACAACAGCACAACCAUUAAUCACUACAACAAUACCACCACCGACAACAACAUCAACAACGACUACCACUUCUACUACUACAAUGGCACCAACAACUACGACUACUACUACAACAAUGGCUCCUACAACAACAACAACUACUACUACCACAACAAUAGCUCCUACAACAACAACGCCUACUAGCACAACAAUGGCUCCUGCAACAGCUCCACCGACAACUGAAAACCCAUUUACAUUAAACGACGAUCUUAGGAGAUUACAGGAAGAUACAAAACUCUUGCAAGCUUUAUUACAAGCUACCAAAAAACAGAAUACUGGUAAUUUACCAGUAAUAUCGGGAAUCACUUCGAAUGUUAGAAUAGCAUCAAAUCCUUUAACUACGUCUUUAGGAUCAAAUCCAACAACUCCUGUUAAUGUCCGUCCUAUAUAUACUACUCGUCCUUUGCCAGAAUUGACAAAUAGGCUCAAUCCUGGAACUAUCACCGUUUCUACGUUACAGCCUCAACAGUCAAGUACAGAAGAAAUUGGAAUAUCUACCACAUUUCGACCCUUUAACGAAAGAGCGACUACAACUAUACGUAGUGUAGGUAACUUAGGCAGUACUCCACGACGCGUCCAGCCGGCAGGAUUUACUAUGACUACUGAGAUACCAAGUACGUCUACGUUUUCCGAUGAAGAAGAUUUGCUUUUCUUACAAAAUUUGAAAUCUGUGUUAAGCUCACAAAACGGCGACGUAGACCCAGAAACAGCGCUCGCUAAUAGAGUCAUUGCGCUUGCUGUCGAAAGAAGUUUAAAUGAUAUACAGGGUGGAACAACAGCUACUUCUACAACUAGCAGACUGACUACGACUAGACCAACAACUACGAGACCUACAACAACGAGAAGAACGACAACUACCCAACGAACGACUACGACUCCACAAAUACCGCCUUCAUUACAAGCGGAUAUCAAACAAUUCGAAGAGGACACUAAACUAUUGCAGGCAUUAUUGAAGGCAACCGGACAGGAUCCAACCAAAUUUAAUAUACCGACCCUUCCAAAUACUAAUAAGGUGGCAAAUGGAAGACCUUCAGAUAAUGCAAUUAUCACGACAACCAAUAAGCCGUAUGGGGCGAAAAUAGCUGUUAAGGAUGAUCUCAGGAAUGAACAAGAUGAUGCUAAGUUACUACAGACAUUGAUUAAACUCCAAGACGCGCAAGAAACUACUACACAAAAAGGAAAAAUUGCUCUCACUGGUCAAACAAGCGAUGAAGCGUUAAAUAAAUUAAUAAAUGCUCAACCCGCUGGAAUGGUGCCCGAAGCAACAAAAUCAUCAAUUUCGUUGAGUACUGAGUACGGAAAUAGCAAUGAUGCUCUGCUGGCGGCACUGUUGAAAGAGCAAGGAUUUGGACCAACAACGGCAAGUUCUUUGGAUGAACAACUUCGACUCUCUGCUUUACUCAACCAAGUGGUAGUUACGCCGAAGACUAGGCGAACGACGACACCACCGCCACCACCAGCACCGAGGCGGCCAAUAUUAGAUGGCCUCGCGUGGCUAUGGCAGCAAUGGAGAGAGACAGCUCCUGGAUCUGGAGAGCCAAGACCUAGCAGAAGGCCAGCAUCUUCAGCCAGACCUUCAGUGACACCUUCCGAAGCGACAAGCUCUAGAGUCAACUGGUUUGGCUCUGGGCCUUUCGUUGGCAAUGCCGACGAAAGGCCGUCGUCAAAUAGAAUACCUUUGGAGCCUCCUAGUGCAGUGACUUCGGAACAGGGACCCGGUAGAGGUCAACUCGUGUCGGCAGCUAUUAAUGUGACGAGAGCUUUCUCACAGUUCCUAGGAGCUGCUAUACAGGGUGCUGCACAGACUGUGCAGAGCGUCAUCCGAGCUGGUCAGAGAGCGGCGACGGAUGCUUACACCAAUGGUUCUGGUUAAGACUGAGGACUGAAUGUUGGACGGAACUGCCAUGGACUUGAAACUUUUCCGAAAGUGUCAUAGUACGCACUAUGUGUUGGAGUGCUCAAUGUUGUAAAUAUUCGCUUUAAUUUAGGAGCCUCGAGUAUAAUUUAGGUAUGAAGCAAUAUUGGUUGUUAGCACCUUUGGUUAGUGGCUGAAGUAAUGGCCUGUGUGAGAUUUGUUCUGGGUAGUCAUUAGUUAGAAAUAAAUCAAACCAUAUUAUCGUAAAAUGUGUUAGGUAAUGGUUAUUAGAUUGUAUAAACCAAGUUAGUUUUGAGCUUUAUCUGAAGUAACUUUUAUUCUAUGAGAGCUUAAGGUCAUGAGUGGUGGACUCUUCAGUAGUCAACUUAAAUAGAGCAAGUAGUUUUCAUUUGACAAAAUAAAAUAAAGAACAAGUUUAAAUUUAAAAUUUAAAAUUCUGACAAUCCCUCGACGCGCACGAAUUUACUUAAUUAACGACUCUUUAGUCGAAUUUAAAACUCGAACGAAAAAACGUCAUCCUUGAUUUUUGUUAUGCACAUUUUUUUUAAUACUUAUGAGAUUAUGAACUAUUAUAAAUAUCUUCGAUUUAUAAUAUCAGAAUACCUACUCGUUAUUUUUAAUGUUUGCGUAUUUGUAUACUCUACGCAAUAAACUAACAUUAAUCAUUCAAUAAAUUAUUGUAAUUUAUUAAUAAUUUAUUUUCCAAAAUCAGAAUAUCACUUGAUAAUAACAUAUUGUAAUCGUAAUUUAUAAGCUUUGUAUUAGAAUUUAAAUACACAAUGUAACUCUGUGUUAUAAGCUAAUUUAUAUAAUUUAUUUUUUGUUCUCGUAUUUUGUACCUUUUCUGACAGUUAUUGUUCUAUCACCAUUCUAUCAUUGUCAUCUCUGUUUUUAAAAUUAGUUUUCUGCUUAAAUUUUGGUUUAGGCAACUGUUAGAAAAAAUACACAAUGCGACAGCAGUACCUACAUACCUAAUUACUGUAAUUAUUUCUAAACCUUUCCAAUUUCAAGCAAAUACAUUUAGUUUGUAUAAAGUAUCUGAAAUGUCUACUCAUCACUAGAUUUUUGAUUAAGUCAAAUACUCUUUGUGGUUCCUUAAAUUUAAUUCCUUAUCUUGUCUUCUUAUUUGUUUGUAGAAGUAUUAUACUUAUUUUUCAAAAGAUAAAGAUUCUCUUUAAAUCGCUUCAACUGAAUUUAUUCUUAUCAAUUAAUUUUAAGUUAUUUUAAUGAAAUAAUGUACAGACGCGUUAUAUCAUAAGUUUUCAAUUAAUUAAUUUAUUUUAAGUCUUAAACAUGUGCCAUUUAUGCACGUGCUUGGUUUAUUUCUCCAUUUUCCCUGCUCUUAUUUAUUUAGUCAUACAUUUUGUUUAAAUUUUGUAAAAUUGUUUACAUACGCAGAGCUUUUGUAUUUAUGCCGACAUUUUGUUGGGCAUUUAACGUGCAGCGAUUUUGGUUAACAGAACGUUAUAACGACAUACAAGUAGUAUGUUAACACAUUCUUAAGGCUAAAUUAUACAAAGAGAGUUUCUGAAAUGCCACUGACAAUAUCAUGCAGGGUAAUAUACGUUAGGUUAUAUGUAAACAAAGUAGAGAGAAUAAUCUCGAAACUAUAAUUUCAAACGAAUUUGAAGAAACUCUCAUUGAUUACAUUUCAGCACUUAAUUGUUUUAUUUUGCGUAAUCAUUUACAUUACAAAAUCCAACCUAGGCGUAGCGACAAUUAGGGAAACCAAUUAUAUCUCUUUAAUUAUGGUCCAAGUUGGGACGCGCUUUCUAAGUGUUAGUCUAUAUUCUUGCCAGAGUCAUUUGGAAAAUGGUUGCGGGAAGGUUCAACUCUUUGCGUCGGCUUAAAUAUUUGUCUUCUGCUUAAGCUUACUCAGUGGUCAGCCACGGAUCUAGGUUCAAUUUUGAUAAACCGGGCAGGAAAUAAAUUAUGGCAACCAAUCGCAGAGUAUAAUUUUGUUUAAAAACUCAUUAUGUAGAGAACUAUUUUGUGAUAGAAAAAACAAGUAUCCUUUAAUUUAGCAUUGUUUAUUACCGAUUAUUAUUAAAGGAAAUUAGUCAAUAACAUUUUUUAAUUUUAUGAUUUGGGCGCAGGGCGCCCACUAGUACCCUCUGCUCCGAUUUGAAAGAUACGGGCUGAAACAAAAUGAAUAUUAUAGGUUAAUAAUAAAAUAAAACGUGCUAGUCUCCUGUAAGUCCCAACGCAAAAUUAGGGAAUAGAGGUUCAUGUUUUAUUUACACGUCGAAUAAACCAAACUAUCUGCUUAAAAAAUAGGCUACAAUAUAAAAUUACAUAGGUUAAGGUGAUACUAUUAAUGUAUAUAAUAUUAGUCGAUAAUGUAAAAAGUUAUAAUAAAUUAAUUUAUAUUUAAUAA